AUGACGUCCAGAAGGGAUGUAGGAACAGAAAAUAAAGAAAGAAUGUAUAAGAACAGUAAUACAACAAUUGUUUAUAUUUGUGUAGCCAUUUUAUUGAACACGUCAUCUGAAAAGGCUACUGUCGGUGUUGACUUUACUUUUACUUGUUUAACGAAUGUACGAUUCAUCUUUUUCAAAAGAGAUUUGACAAAUGAAUGUACAAUAAUCGGAGGUUAUCCAAACGGAACUUGUGACUUUGCUGGCAGCUACAACAAGAGUUAUGAAUAUUAUUGUAAUAAUAGUACUGGUGUGUACAACCUCACUUUACCCAGCUCAUUUGACAUUGAUACUCUACAUGGAAGUAAAUGGGCAUGUGCCCCAGCAUUAGAUGCCGGCCAAUCAGAAAGUAUCCAGCUCUACGUUAACGUUCCAGUAACAACAGUAACCAUCACAACUGUUCCAACAGACAAAUAUCCAAUUACAAUCAUUCCGGACGAAAAUCAAACUGUAACUGUUAACUGUAAAACAGACGCCGCACGCCCGUCAUCACAGAUACAAUGGUAUAUAUCUGGUACAAACAUUACUGGUGUAGCUACUCCUCAGGCUGAUGUUUGCAAGGCUAGUUGUAAUGGUAAAGUUAUAUCAUCGAGUGAGCUGACAUAUAGUGGACAUAUUGCUGAUAAUGGAAAUAUAUUGUACUGCACAGCUAUUAAUAUCAACGACCAGAGUGUAAGAUCAGAAAAUAAAUUAAUAAUAAUUUGGUACCCUCCAAACGACACUCCUAGUAUACAACAAAUACCAGCUGGAGGAAUCGUCCGGGGAAAUGAGAUUAAACUGAUAUGUUUAGUAACUGGAGGAAACCCACUAGCCACUUUAACAUGGGACUGUGAUGGAACUAUAUCAAAUGAAACGACAGGAACCAUUGCAUCAUAUAGUGUUACGUUUGUUGCAAAUAUGACAUCAAAUAAUAAAAUCUGCACAUGUUCAGCUUCACAUGUUGUGAUGUCGUACAAACCAAGUAUAAGUCAUCAAAUAAUUGUAUAUUACGAACCUAUAUAUUAUCCGAUUAUAAAUCAGACACCACCUGGACAUAUCAUUUCCGGUACAAAUGUUAUUUUAACAUGUGAAAUAUUAGGAGGAAACCCACUGGCUAUAUUAUCCUGGAAUUGCACAGGUGUGUCAAGAAACAACACGUCAGUGAACAAAGCAUCAUACAGUGUUGAAAUAGUUGUGAACAGAACCUUCAACAACAUGAUAUGUGCAUGUUCAGCUACACAUUAUAUUCCGUCAUUCAGACCAACUGUACUACAUAUGUUAGAUGUGUAUUUUAAACCUUUUCUAUACCACACUAUACCAUAUUCUCCUUCAAAUAUUAGUGCAACAGAAAACAAAAUGCUUCAGAUUACACUUGCAAUAAAUGCUAAUCCGAAACCAACUAUACAAUGGACAUUCAAGGUUGACACGGGAUGCAAUUCCAUUCCACUAGUCUCCAACACAACAACCAAUGGAUUUCUUACCUUGUCAUCCAUAUCUAUCGACAAAGUACGAAGUAGUGACUUCGGCGAAUACACAUUUACAGCAAAUAAUACAGUCGGAAUAUUUUUUCGCAGAUUUGAGGUCAUAAAAGAAGCAGCUUUAAAACAAGAGAUGUGUGCAUGCACAGAAGAAAGUACUGGUAUAUUUGUUGUCGGAAUAGUCACCUUAGUUGUUGGAUUGUUGAGCCUUUCAGCAUCGGUAAUAUUCAUUGCCCGGAAUAGUUUCAGGAACAAGACCAUUAAAUCUUUAAAAUCGGAUGAAUAUACUGGUGUACAGAAAGAAAACCCAGCAUUUGAAGAUGAAUACAAUACGAUACAGUCUGAAAUCGAGCCAAGACAACGUCAACCUCAAGAGCAAAGUUCUAACACUUAUGAGGAAUGUGAGAGAAAAACUGAAGCAAACCCGUACAGUAACGUGAACACAAUGAGAUCUGAAGCAAAACAUCCCCAAGGGCAUGCCAUCGGUAUUAAUACAUACGAGGAAUGUGGGAGGAAUUUUGAGGCACAUGCUUAUGAUACUUUGGACAAAUAAAAUCAGGUGAGGAAAUGCUCCCAAACUUUU